AUGGUUUUGGAAGCGCAUACACAAAUACAGUACUGUACAGCGAAAGCCAAUUACUGUGAGUUCCACGCGGGCUUGAGGCAUCUCAUGCGGUUGGCACGCUGGGCGGGCUUUUUUCCUGUUCAAGGCUUAUCGCAAACCAAUCCUGAUGACGUCAGAUUCGAGUUCAGAUCACUGUACGCUUUAUACCACGCAAUAACUGUCAUCGGACAAACGGUGAUGACGUUUCUGGCGUUCUAUUCGUUUGUGGAUAGCAACGUGUCCUUGAGUGUAGUCUCGAAUUUCCUAUUUUAUUUUACUAAUUACGUAACGUUGGUGCUGCUGUGGCGUCUGUCCAAGAAUUGGUCAGCAUUGAUAUCAAAAACUUUGGAGUUCGAACAAAGCGUGACCGAAAUACGAACAACGAGAAAUCUAGUUUCGAGAACCAAUACCUUGACCUAUGUAGUGCUGAUUUUUGCGAUGAUCGAGCACGCAUUAUCCAAAGUGUUCAAUAUUAGGUCUGUCAUGUGUUGUUUGGGAGAAACCAGCUUAAAUCACACAGUAAUCAAUAAUUACUUCAAAUUCAAAUGGAAGUUUGUCUUCGAUUACUUUUCGACUUCGACUACUUAUAGCUACUUUGUGGGAUUUAUCGCUGAGUUCCUCUGUAUGCAAGCCACGUUCUUGUGGAGUUUCACAGACGUCUUGAUAAUGUGUUUCAGCAUUUAUUUAUCGUCCUUCUUCGAAGAUUUCAACAGUACCGUUAGUUCUUUCAUGAAAAAGGCGAGUAAAACAGUUCCAUGGAGUACUCUGAGAGUGCAGUACUCCCAAAUUGUUUUAAUAGUAAAGCAAAUGGACGAGCAGCUAGAUUAUUUUGUACUGAUUUCGUAUUUCACGAAUCUGUUUUUCAUUUGUUUCCAAUUAUACAACUCCUUGAAAGCAACAGCUUCAGUCACGUAUUUGACGUACUAUGUUUUUUCGUUUUUAUUUCUCGUGACGCGCGCAUUAUUGUUAUCCAUCAUGGCAGCUAACGUACAUUCGUGUGCCCAAGUGCCGCAGUUAGCCUUGUACGAAGUGCCCACCGCUGAUUACAGUUUAGAUGUGCAGAGAUUUCAGUUGCAGCUUCGUUAUACAACAGUCGGUUUGAGUGGGGUAUGCUUUAAUGUGACCAGAGGAAUGAUACUCAGGGUCAUCGGUACGAUCGUGACAUACGAAUUAGUGCUGAUUCAAUUAACAAAAAAAAAUCUCGACAACGACACUAGUAUUAGAGAUUAUUAUUUGCCGAAACAUCUUAUAUGAUACCAAUCGUUUUUAUCGCGUACAACAUUAAACCAGCGCUUCUAUCUGUAGAGUUGAUUUUGAAUAAAUAUUUCUGACGAUGA